GUCAAUCGGGGUCGUACUGGAAAUUAUAGAGGUUGGGAGUCUACUUACUAGUUAGGGAUUCCCUACCCUGACGCACCCCUAGUCUACUAGUUAGGGUUUCUCUGCUUCUUAUCUCUUCUUCACAGACACAACGUCCCUCCGCCUGUCCUCUAGCUGCUCUUCGUCGUCCUCGUCCUCCAAAGAGCAUUUCUCAGUCAUGGCGGAACAGACGGAGAAGGCUUUUUUGAAGCAGCCGAAGGUGUUUUUGAGCUCGAAGAAGUCCGGGAAAGGUAAAAGGCCUGGCAAAGGCGGAAACCGUUACUGGAAAAGCAUUGGUUUGGGGUUUAAGACGCCCAGGGAGGCAAUCGAAGGGACCUAUAUUGAUAAGAAAUGCCCCUUCACUGGCAGUGUCUCCAUCAGGGGCCGUAUUCUUGCAGGUACCUGCCACAGUGCUAAGAUGGUGAGAACAAUUAUUGUUCGUCGUGAUUACCUUCAUUAUGUUAAGAAGUACCAGCGAUAUGAGAAGAGGCACUCUAAUAUACCUGCCCAUAUUUCACCAUGUUUCCGUGUGAAGGAGGGGGACCACGUGAUUGUUGGCCAGUGCAGACCAUUAUCCAAGACGGUAAGGUUCAAUGUAUUGAAGGUUAAUCCAGCUGGAUCAUCUGGUGGGGUGAAGAAGGCAUUCACCGGAAUUUCCUCCUUACUUUGGCUAUAUUUUCGCAUUUUCGUGGACUUUGACAAAGGUAGGUUGGAUUUGUACAUAGCGCUAAAAAAUGAUAACUUUUCUGUUUUGGCUUUUUGUUUCGGCUUUUCAUUACAUUUUUUUGAGAAUUUAAAUUAUAUACAAGUCAGCGGAGUUGCAGGGUUGGGUGGGAGUGGGAUUGCAAAAAAGGAGAAAAGAGACGUGGGGUGGAUUCGGUUGCAGAUGGGAUGAAAUUGAGAAAAGGGAGCCAGCAGAAGGAAAAGAUGAAGAAGACGAAGAGAUGAGGAAAGAGAAUAAAAAGCAAUGGAAUGGUUCUAGACUUCUAGUGCUUAUUAUGUGUUUUUUGUAUUUUGUACAAAUCUCCCAAAUCAUAUAUGCAUACUAUAUUUCAUCAAUGGUAUGGAUUUAAUCUAUCUAAUUUAACAAUCAA